AUGGGUUCAGUACAAGAUUUCACAUGGACAGGCACAGCCUACGUCCAAGGCAGAGCCUCAGCAAAACUCCUCACAAGCAAUCUCGAACUGAGUUUCUGGGGCGGUGUCAAUCCGGAUACAAGCGAAGUCAUAGACCGCCAUCAUCCACUAAGUGGCCAGAAACUUCAAAACACCAUACUCGCUAUCCCAGGAGGUCGAGGAUCAUGUACCGGCAGCGGAGUUAUGCUCGAGCUUCUCCUCAAUGGAAAAGCUCCGGAAGCUAUCAUCUUUGAACGGAGAGAGGAUAUUCUUACGUUGGGUGUUAUGAUUGCUGAAGAAGUCUUUCAGCAAUCUAUUCCUGUGGUAGUACUUGCCAAAGAUGACUUUCGACAGCUCCUUCAAUUAGAUGGACAGACGGUUUAUGUGGAUGAUGGUCAUGUUUCAACUACACCGAUGCUAUCAAAGCCAGAAAAUGGACUCAUCCUCGAAACUACACCCGCUUUAGAGGGCAUAAAGCUCUCUCCUCUCGACCAGGAACUCCUCCGCGGCGAUCACGGCGAAGCCUCCCGCGUAGCAAUCCGCAUAGUCCUCCGCAUGGCACACCUCCUCAACACAACACGCCUCAUGUCCAUAACGCAAGUCCAUAUCGACGCCUGCGUGUACACCGGCCCAGCUACACUCUUACUCGCAGAGCGCCUACGUGACUGGGGCGGUAAAGUGCGCGUCCCUACAACGUUAAACUCUAUAUCCGUCGAUCAAAAGCGAUGGCGAGCGCUUGGUGUUGACACGGAAUUUGGGGAAGCGGCUGAUAAGUUGGGACAGGCGUAUGUUGAUAUGGGUGCCAAGGCAACGUAUACCUGUGCGCCGUAUCAGCUUGAUAGUGCACCAAAGGUCGGAGAGCAGGUUGCUUGGGCGGAGAGUAAUGCUGUUGUUUACGCAAAUAGCGUUUUGGGAGCGCGAACGAUGAAAUAUCCUGAUUUUCUGGAUAUUUCCAUCGCUCUAACGGGAAGGGCGCCGAAGGGAGGACCUCAUGUUGACGUGAACCGACUGGCUUCAGUACAAGUCAACGUUGUAGGAGUAAAGAAUUCAUCAGGGCUUGAUGAUUCCUUUCCGCCUCUUCUUGGAUACUAUGUUGGGACAUUAUCAACGAGUCGUAUACCGGUGGUGACAGGUCUUGAGAAAUAUGGUCUGUCGACGGAUGACUUGAAAGCUUUUGGUGCAGCUUUCGCAACAGUCUCCAGCGCUCCAAUGUUUCACAUCGUGGGUGUAACUCCAGAAGCGACUAGUCUCGACGCAGUCACCGCUUCAGAAAUCACCACUUUUCAAGUUCAACCCAGUGAUUUAGGUGCCUGCUGGGAUAAACUCAACAGCGCACCGCCUAAUCAACCUCUCGACCUUCUCUCCCUCGGCAAUCCCCAUUUCUCCCUCACCGAACUCCGAGACCUCACCCAUCUAGUCCAAGGCCGUCAGAAAGCACCCAAUGUCGCAGUAGUAGCUACAUAA